UACUACAUUCGAACACUUUCCAACCAACUUUCAUUCACCAUAUCAAAAGAAAAACACAUCGAAUAAGAGUUAAAUGCUGUAAGUUCUCAAUGUAAAAAUGUGUAUAACAAUAAAUGAAAUCGAUGAAGCGUGCGGAUUUUUGUUGUUAAAUGAAUUCAGUGUCUUUAUUUAUUGUUGUAAAAAAUGUUUGAUCAAUUUUGAGUGUGGAUCAGACUUGGAGGCGCAUAUUUUAUCCGAGCAUCCCAUCGGCCAAAAGCAUGUUGAAAAUAUUUUUGUAAACGAUGGUCUUCUUGAAUCAUUGUCGAUGGUUAUAAUUAAAAAUGAACCAAUUACUGAAGAAGAUGAAUUCGAUUUGUGCGUACCAACAAGUGAUGAGAUGGUGCCAGUGCAAAAAGAAAUCAAUACUUCUCAAUCAACGAAAGAAAGCGACAGCACCACUGAUGCGUCACUCGAAAUAAAAACUACCGACGAAAAACCAUCGAAACCAAAAGCAUACAGCAAACGAAGCACCAAAAAAACAACCAAAUCCGAGGUGUUUUAUUGUGACAUGUGUCCCGCAAAUAAAGUGUCAUUUAGUUGCAUAGAAAAUGUUCGUCAACAUAUGAAGCUUCACAUAAAAAAGAAGCAAUUCGCUACAUUACGCAAGGAAUGUCCAAUUUGUAAAAAGACCCCGUUCAACUAUGAGAAACACAUGCAAGUGAAUCAUACCGAUUCACGACCAUAUAAAUGCGACUUUUGCGAUGCGGUAUUCAAAAACAACUGCAACCGCAUUAUACAUAUUAGAUCACACACAGGCGAGAAACCAUUUCUCUGUCCGACGUGUGGCAAAUCGUUCACAUCGCAAGAUAAACGCAACAAACACAACAUGAGAAUGCACACGGAAAAAUUGCCACAUCAAUGUCACAGCUGUGAUAGGUCUUUCAUCAGCCCAUCGCAACUAAAAGAGCAUACAUACGCAUUACAUUCAGAUGCUCGACCGUAUACUUGCGAUGUUUGCGGUAAUAGCUAUUCGAACAGGACAUAUUUAAGAAGACAUAAAUAUUCGCACGGCAAGAAAACGCAUCCAUGCAAAUACUGCGACAAGAAAUUCAAAACCACCGAAACCAGAAGAUGGCAUGAAAGAACGGUUCACAAAGCGCUGUAAAAGCCUGCGACAGCGACACAUUUACUACUUACUUGGCCACUAUUUUUUCAUUGUUUUGUAUUUUUGGGUGGGACGGUAUAUUUUGGUUGGGAAGAUGGAUUUUUCAGAAAAUAAGACUAUUUUUUUAUUAUUAGUUAAGAGAUAAAGGGUUGGAUGACAUAUAGUUUCAGAGGCUUAUUACCGAAAUGACGAGAGAAUGCUCAUAUUUGACUGCAAAAAAUACUCAUUUUUAUACUCUCCAAUGUAGAGCCGCCAAAGAGUCUCUAUUGGACUUUAUUUGAUAAUUUUGUUGAUUUGCGUUCGUUGGAUAGUUUUAAGAUUUUCGUUGAGGUUUUUUUUAUGGUGGUGGACUUUGGAUGAAGGCUAUAGGAUGAAAGUGAUAUUUGGGAGGAUUUAAAGUGCAAAAAUUGAUAUAUUUUUUUAUUAUUAAUACGAAUAUAUAGUUUAGGAAUUGAAAAUGGAAUUUUUGGACUGAUGUUUGAAUUUGGAAUGGGAAAAAAACGAGAAACAAAAAAAAUCUACUCAACUAGAGACUAAUUUAGGAAAUAAAAGAGGUGAUAUGUUUUCAUAUUAUUUUAAACUUGGUUACUGUUAUAA